AUGAAGUUCAUCGCAACCGUCGCUGUUACUCUGGCGUCUCUCGCUCUGGCUGCACCCAACCCCGAGGGUCAGACAACUUCAAUAAAGCUCAGCAAGGACUAUGUCGAUGCUAUCGUUGCCGCGUACCCCGACUCUUUUGCAGUGCAGGUAGAUGACAAUAUACAUGAUUUGACAAGUCAGAUAGUCCUUGAUAGUAAGAAAAGAAAGGGAAAAGCGAACCAAAAACCUUUUAGACAUGUUCAAGUUGCAGUCAAAGCUGCGACAAGCACAGCAUCUUAUCUCGUUACAAUCUCUGGCCUUUUCGAAACCGCUAUUGCGCAAAUCGGUGCUUACGCGGUUCUCUCGUACCAUUCCACAGCCCAGUCAGGCCAGCAGCCGUUUCAAACUUUUGGUGGAGAUGAUUGACUGCGACGCCAGUCGGAACGGUCGAUCACCGACGCGAAUCUGAGCACAGGGCAUUGUUCCGCUCCACCGGCCGACAGGCUCUGCCCCUCCUCGGCGCCGACCGAUCGGAGUCCGGCAGCACAAGCUAAGGCUAAGGCGGGAAGACCCGCGCCGGAGAAACCGCGCCGGGAAAAUGGGGCGACCGCCCGCCGCCUCCGCACGUGGCCGGCGUGGACGGGCAGGAGACAAUGCUCCGCGCCUC